CCCAGUAAAGGCUUCUACUCUUCAAAACAACCAUAUCAAGUUUGAUGUCAUUUUUUCUGUGAUGGUGGAAGAAGAAGAGGUGAUUGUUCGUUGCAAAUGCGUAAUCUGCGCUGAAGUAAUCGCUAGGACCAAUAUGACAGCCUUGCUUUGUGGACAUGUUUUCCAUGCUGAAUGCAUUCAAAGUUGGAUUGAUCAUACGGAUACACCCACUUGUCCAAAUUGUGGAGUUUCCAUUAACAAAGAGCAGAUAGUACGACGCUUGUUCUUUAGUGAUACCGAUGAUCUAAACGAUCUAGACGACACAACACUCAUUGAUGAACUUUUGGAAAAAGUUGAUAAUUUGGAGGCUGAGAAUAGCAACCUGAAUAGGCAGCUGGAUGAAGCAAAAAAUUUACAUCAAAAGCUUACAGAAGAAUUAUGUUCAGAACGGGAACAACUGAGGAAGGGGAGUAAAGGCUAUACUGAGGAACAACUAAGGAUUUCAAAGAAAAAGGACGACGAUUUGGAGGCACUUGUAAAGAGUGUCGGGGAAGUGCUGAAGGUUCUCGAACAAAGGGAGACCGAUCUGAAAAUGCUCACUGAAGUUUAUAAUACCGCAGGUACCACGCUACGAAGUGUCGAAGAACACCUGAAGAAUCUGAAAACAAAAGAGACCGAUUCCGGAAUUAGCUGAGCUUUACAGGAGCUAGAUGCAGGGCCAUGUUACUAUAUUUUUGAGACUGAACCUACGCUGCCCACUUUUCUUGCCGGUGAAUGUAAUCACUGGGAAAACGCUCCACAUGAAUCUUUUAUUUAUUUGUUGUACGAAGAUUAUAGCAUUUAUGGAUUUGUCAUGUUUGGUAUGCAUGAAUAGAGUAAACUCGCC